GAUGAUGGGGCCGGUAGGCGAGCGGGGGGCCGGCCGGGCAGAUGUGCAGAAGAAGGAAGCGGCUCCUCUGGCGGACUCUCCAAGGUCCACGUGCCCAGAGCCAGCCUCUGGCCGACCGCGCAGGGCUCGGGUUCCGGAGCAGAGCCGGAUUGCUCCCCAGCCCCGCCCGUGAAGAAGCCUCUCUCGGCUGGCAGCUCCGGGAGAGCGCAGCGCAAGCGAGGACGGAGCGCCUCCCCUCCCUCUCCGUGGGAAGCAGCCGAGGAGCUCCAGCCACUUUCAGGGUUAACAAAGGACAACGGAGCGGAAGGAAAGAGCGCAAAGGAGGGAGGGACGUCCCUUUCCUGCCCCGCCUCUCGGCGAGAAAAGCAGGUGGAAGCGCCGGAGGAGCCCCUCUUUGCGCGCAGCGAUGAUGGCGAGCGGGGCUGCGCGGGGGGAGCCUCGAGACAAAGGAUACAUCUGGGGAGUCAAGGCUGAGGGAGAACCAUCCGAAGUAUCACUGGAAAAAGAUGAGGAGUAGAUGCAGGAGCAGAAAUUGAGGAGUCAAGAUGGAGCAAAGAGACAGGAGGAGAGACAGACUCACACAGGGGACAAACAUAAAUGCCAGGAGUGUGGAAAGAGUUUCUGGUGGAGUAGUGCCCUUACGGUUCAUCAAAGAAGUCACACAGGAGACAAACCUUAUCAAUGCUUGGAGUGUGGAAAGAGCUUCAGUCGGAGUAGCACCCUUAUCUUGCAUCACAAAACUCAUACAGGGGACAAACCUUAUACAUGCGUCAAGUGUGGAAAGAGCUUUAGUCAGAGUGGCAACCUUACUUUGCAUCAAAGAUGUCACACAGGGAACAAACCUUAUCAAUGUUUGGAGUGUGGAAAGAGCUUCAGCCGGAGUAGUGCCUUUACUUCGCAUCAAACAACUCACACAGGGGACAAACCUUAUCAAUGCUUCGAAUGUGGAAAGAGCUUCAGUCGGAGUAGCAACCUUUCUUCGCAUCAAAGAACUCAUACAGGGGACAAACCUUAUACAUGUUGCGAGUGUGGAAAGACCUUCAGUGGGAGUAGCAACCUUAGUAAACAUGAAAGAACUCACUCAGGAGACAAACCUUAUCAAUGCUUGGAGUGUGGAAAGAGCUUCAGUCGGAGUAGCCACCUUACUUUGCAUCACAGAACUCACACGAGACAAACGUUACAAAUGCUUGCAGUGGGGAAAGAGCUUCAGUGACAGUAGCCAACUUAGUUCGCAUCUCAAAAGUCAUAUAAGAGACAAACCUUAUAAAUGCUUCAGCUAUGGAAAAAGGUUCAGUUGGAGUAGCCCGCUUACUUCGCAUGUUAGGCUGACUGGUUUGUAGUUCCCCGGUUCCUCCUUCUUGCCGUUUUUGAAGAUAGGGACAACAUUAGCUCUUCUCCAGUCAUCCGGCACUUCACCGGUCCUCCAUGAUUUCGCAAAGAUAAUAGAGAGCGGUACUGAGAGUUCUUCUGCCAGUUCCUUCAAUACUCUAGGAUGCAGUUUAUCGGGCCCUGCUGAUUUGAACUUGUUCAAAGUGAUUAGGUAUUCCUUGACCAUUUCCUGACCCUUCUACUUCAUGUUUCCCGGGAGGCUCAUAGGCCCUUUUUUGGGAGAAGACUGAGACAAAGUAGGAAUUGAGUACUUCUGCCUUUUCUUUGUCAUCAUUUUGCCAUCCUCAUUGAGUAGCUGUACCACCUUUUCUUUUCUCUGUCUUUUACUAUGGACGUACCUGGAGAAAGCUUUUUUGUUGCUUUUAGCAUCCCUCGCUAGCCUCAGCUCAUUCUCAGCUUUACCCUUCCUGACACCAUCCUGGCAAUUCUGUGAUAGCUGCCUGUACUCUGCGGCCUGGCCUUCUUUCCACUUCCUGUCUGUGUCCUCUUUUGUUUCCAGGUAAUCUCUAAGCUUUUGGUGAAGCCACAUUGGCUUCUUCUGCUGUUUCCCCCAUUUUUCCUUGUUGGAAUUCCUUGCCAUUGUCCUUUUAGAAUUUCCGUUUUAGAAACUCCCACCCAUCUUGGACUCCUUUUCUCAUUAGGGUGGCUUGCCAUGGCACGGUAGUGACAAUUGUUCUGAGUUUAUUAAAAUCAGCUUUCCUGAAGUCCAGGGUGCACAUAUGGAUACUCUCAGCUUUUGCUUCUGUUAAAAUCAAGAAUUCAAGUAUGGUGUGGUCACUUUCCUCCAGAGUUCCCGUAACUGCCACUUCAUCCACCAAAUCAUCUCUAUUGGUUAGAAUCAAAUCCAGGAUAGCUGAUCCUCUGGUUGCUCCCUCCACUUUCUGUAGGAGGAAGUCAUCUCCAACACAAGUCUCAGUGCUUGUAGCAUUGAAAGACCUUUCAUCAGAAUGGCUACCUUCAGGUGCAUCAAAGGAUCUGUACAAGGGAAGAGAUUUAUCAAUGCUUUGGAAAGUUUGUUGUUGUUAUGUGCCUUCAAGUGACCCUAUGUAUCAGCGACCUCCGAGAGCAUCUGUCGUGAACAGAUCUUGUAAGUUCAGGUUUGUGGCUUCCUUGAUGGAGUCAAUCCAUCUCUUAUUUGGCCUUCGUCUUUUUCUACUUCCUUCUGUUUUUCCCAGCAUUAUGGUCUUUUCUAGUGAAUCAGAUCUUCUCAUUAUGUGCCCAAAGUAUGAUAACCUCAAUUUCAUCAUUUUCGCUUCUAGUGAUAGUUCUGGUUUAAUUUGUUCUAACACCCAAUUACUUUUGUUUUUUGGAGUCCAUGGUUAAAUAAAGUAGUUAUUUCUUAUUUUUAAAGCUUAAAGUCUCUGUCUGACUAAUUUGUAGGGAAAGUGCAAUCUUUAGCAAAGAUUCAAAUGCACAAAGCUCACUCAGACACUCAAAUACCUAAUUUUGCUACUCUGCAACAGAUAUUUUGGCUGCAAAGGGGAGGAUCGCUCUGCCCUCGGCUGUCCUGCCCUGGGGGAGGGUCCUGGGGGCUUUUUAAUAGGGCACCAUUGGCAGUUACUUAAAAGCCACUUUGGAAUGGUUUAUAUCCUGAACACCGAGAUACAGCCUUGGUCGCUGUUGGAAAUGGGGCAAGAGCAACUCCUGUUUUGUUCUUUUGUCUGUGUUCCAGAAGGGAGGUAGAGUUUGGGUCCUCCAGAUGGAGAGGCUUGUUUACCUUUACCUGUGUUGCUCUGACUGACUUCCUUCCGGCGACUAGGAUGUUACGUCUUUAAUGAAGCUUACCUGCCCCUCCUCCUUCUGCCUUCCCACUUAUUUAUUUAAUUUAUUAGUCGCCCAUCUGGCUGGUUGUCCAGUCACUUGGUGACUUACAGAAUAAAAGCAUACAGAAACAUUAAAACAGUAAAAUCUCAACCAAUAAUAAUAAAGCCUAACCCAGCCCACUUUCUUCUCCGACUGUCCGAGAAAAAGGAGACACCUUUGUCUCUGCUCUCUUCCACCUUAGCUAGUUAGUUAGAACUAGGGAUGCCUUUCUAUCUACUAUGUAUUUCUAUAAAUAAACUAGCUUUUAUUUUGUUUCUUAUUUUACUAAGUCUCAAGUCUCAGUGAUCCUGAUGCAGGCUAAAAGCUGGCACACUCGCAUUUCAACAUCUGCUGUUACUCUCUGCUGCCGUUGUGCUGCUUUAAGCAAAUUAAGCACACAGCGCAACAAGGGUUGUGGGGCCCAGCAAACUAAGUGGAGUGCAAGGGCCCAGGGCCUGCAGGAGGAAGGAGACCAUCGCCGUCCUGGGAAGGAGAGCCGUUGCUGCUGCCGUCUGCCAGCCUGCCUGCUUGCUUGCUGCUCCUGCCGCCGCUCGGCUACCACCGCCACCCUCCCUGUUGGACUUCUGCUUGGAAGGUGUCACAUCUUGCAGGACCAGGCCCCAGAUUUUAAAUUAAUUGGUGGGGGGUGGGUUUUUUGGGUAGUUUUCUGGUGGUUUUAAGGGUGGGUGGCCUGCCUGAGUUGUGGAAGCCAGUGUCAGGGGCA